AUGUCACCGCGCCGGUGGUCAGCUCCAGCUGAUUUGCGCAAGCUUAGCGCUGUGCUCAAAUGUUACGAGGUUCACCGUUUGUGCAUGAUUUCGGCCCGACAAAACGCUGACACUUCAGGCGUGCGUGCUGCUGGUGGGUCUGCAGUUCGAUGUUACCCGAUUGGACAGCACUUGGUGAGGUGUGUCCUCGUCCACACCCACCAAUCGGAGUCAGGUAUAUACCUACGAAUGCAGUCUGGUGCGGCGUGCACUUUGCUCGCGGGAGCAUGGCACAUUCAAUUUGUGUGCGUGGCAAUGUGGGCGGGUCCGCUGCCUUCGUUUUCUAUCGAACCCAGUGAUGCGAUUUUCUUUGAAAUUCCUCAGCCUACAGGCGGCGUCACCGCAACUGUGACACUGAGAAACACAGGAACAUCUAAACUGCACUACAAGCUAGAGUCCACUGCACCUGCAUUAUAUUACUUCAAGCCUCGUUAUGGUAGUGUCUGUGCACGACAAGCGAGAAGUCCUGAAAUAUUUUUAUUGCCAUUCGAUUUUUACCAUCCGGAAAACCACAAACACGAGCUAAUAGUUCACAUCAUGCUAGCACAGAGAGAGGAAGAGGAAAAUUUACAUCAGCUUUGGGAACACAACGAUCAACGUGAAAUUCUGACACGCAGAGUAAAGUGCAUUCCUUGGGAAAAGUGGUCCACCGUGCCGAAGAAGAACAGGACAAUCAAGUGUGUGUACAACGUGUUGAACACACCGUCGUCUCCCAGUGAUUCCAAACCAGUGGGGGACGCUUUGUUGGGUCCUGAUUAG